AAACGAUGUCGUUUGAAGUCUCCGUAUUCAGUGUUGCACAGUACGUGUAGCAGCAGUAAAGUGUAGGCUUGUGGAGAAAACAGAAAAGAAACGAUCAAUAGCAACCUAGAAAACCCAUCAAUCAUGGCAGGGAGAUUGGCGAACGCAGCAUCGAGAAUCAUGGCCGGAAACGGUGUUGUUUCCAGAUCCGUAGGUUCCUCUCUUCGCCUCCGCUCCGGCAUGGGCCUCCCCGUCGGAAAGCACAUCGUUCCCGACAAACCCCUUCCUGCGAAUGACGAACUCGUGUGGGACAAUGGAACUCCAUUUCCCGAACCAUGUAUAGAUCGUAUUGCCGAUACUGUUGGAAAGUACGAAGCAUUGGCUUGGCUGUGUGGUGGAUUGAGUUUUUUCGCGUCUCUGGGACUAUUGGCAGUGUGGAAUGACAAGGCCUCCAAGAUACCCUAUACACCCAAAGUAUAUCCAUAUGACAAUCUGCGUGUGGAACUUGGUGGUGAACCAUAGAUGGAUCCAAGGCAAUAAUGGAAUGGGAACUUGUUUUUCAUGUAAUUGUUCUUUUCAUUAACUUGUGCUCUCGUGUAGUUCAAACUUCAAAAUAAUGGAAUGUGGGAAGACUUGCUGGAACCAGCUACAGGAAUGAAAACUGAAUAUGGUUUUAUUUAUUUAA